AUGUUGCUCUCCACUCCUUCUCACCACAACAACAACAGCACUAUCCAUCCUUCCCAAAAGGUAUCAUCCAACACGAUCACUACAAUCGCCGCAAUGAAUCCUCCCACUCGUUGUUGUGGCAUUCGUUUUGACCCUCCACUCAAAGAAAAAGAAUCGACUGCUGCUUCUGCAGGCAUUUGCCGUUUCUCCCUUCUCAUGACUUCAUCAUCCUCAUCAUCGAAUACAAGCAGCAAUUCCAAUAUGUCUAUGAAGGAUUCUUCUAUGAAGCAAAACAAUCAUGAUACGACCUUCAUUGUCGAUGAAGGUGAAACUUUGUUUGGAAAUGACGACAUUCUCAGCCAACCUCAUCAUGAAGUGGAGUUAUUGGACGCGUCUAAUGAUUUUAAUUCAUCUUCUCCCAAUACGACACCCAAUACGACACCCUCCAAUCCCAAUAAUAUCCUUCAGAAUAAUUCUUCAACAAAUGCUCAAUCUCUUCAAUUGUAUUGGAUGAUGCCCAUGAUGAUGAUUCAAAACUCAUCAUCAGCAUCCUCUCUCGAAUCCAUGUCCGGAGUUGUUUCGUGCGUCAAGGAUUCACAAGCCCAUUCUCUCAAACGGAAACUUUCGGAGAUGGAAACCCGUUCCGCUCCGGCCUCAUUUUUGUCAACCACUCCCUCCGAGACCGACCCUACGUUACAACCACCACCUCGCUCCAAGAUGAGACGACUGAGAAAACCACAAAAGUUACCAUCAUCCAUCUCCACCGCAUCUACCCUCUCGUCAAGAUCUUUUUCCACUCCUCCCUUAACAACUCUUAAUCAACAAGUAAGGUCUCAACCUCCUUCCACUUGUCUUGUUGUUUCUGCAGAGAGUACUUCCCAACGAUUGUCCUCACCUCCUCCUCAUUCUUCUUUUGAUUGCUCCACUUCAGAUAAAUAUUCCUCAGAGACUCUUCUCGAUCAAUGUUUCUCAGAGAGUGCAUGUGAUGACGACAUCUUUUUGAAAGAAGAAGAAUUAUCAGCUACAUUUGGAUGUUGUGAAAGCACAGGUAGUGGUCAUUCUAAUAGCUCGUCUUCUCCUUCCUCUUCCAUGGCAUCGACGGAAGAGACUACUGACUUGUUUGAAAUGACAAAAGUUUUGGAAGACAAUAAUGAAUGUCAUCUCAAUACCAACACAUGCGACGAUGCCUCGACUGCUGCCAAUCUGACCUUACUAGAUAGUGUGAUCAUGAUGGAGGAUUUCACACAAAACCACAAUUCGCCACAAACCACAUUAGUGACACCACAAACUACCACUAGUUCAGCAUUGUCGGAAGAUUUUCUUUUCUCUUCGCUAGGCUAUGAGAAUGUGAAUCCCAUGGUGACCACCAACAAUAAUAAUAACACUAACGGCCAAUCAUCUGCCAUGAAUACAACAUUCUUCGCUCCUUUGAAUGGAGGAGCAAUUGCUCUCUUUCCAGUUCAAGCAUCCAUGAUGUGUGGCGCUGAAAUGCAAGCAAAGAAUGUUAUCAUUCCACCACCAUUGUUGUUGAAGAACAACACUAGUGGAGCUUCUGAUGCAACAACAUCGAGAAACUCUGCAACUACUACAGAAACACCACACGUUGUUGUGAAAAAGUCACUAAGAAGAGUCUCCAGAAACAAACAAAGACAGAAUUUGCCUAAUGGUGACUCAACAACGUUUUCUUCAACAUCACCAACAACAAGCAGUUCAGUCUCUGCUUCUUCGACUGCAACUACUGCUGCAGACGCUUCCAGUACAACAAGUCAGCAAGCUCACUCCAGUCCAUCCCAAGAGAACACAAAGCAGGACAAGAAAGCCCAUUCCUCACUCCCGGAUGUCAAGCCAACAACAUCAAAACGACACAAAUCACCCACAUCCAACUCUCAGAAAUCCAAAUCUCGAACUAAUACUGAUUCCACCACAGGCUUAACUGUUUUUACCUUCUGUGAUGGAGGUUAUUCAAUUCCUUCAGGCAAAAAGACAAGCAGCAACAAUUUUGUGUCAGAGAGCUGCAAAAACUCCUCCAACUCCUCAUCUGGUUGGAAGUUUCAUCAAUUUGAUCGACAAAAGCAACCUUUGCGAGAUUCCAGUGGUUUUACCUAUCACUUUUAUCAACCACACUCGUCCAAAGUAACAGACGAUCACAAUGACCAUUAA